AUGAUUAAAGAAAGAAUAUUAUUUAUUCAAACAAUGUUUUACAAUCAUUUAAUAUUAUUAUUUUUAUUUAUUAUCUCUUUGGACAUAGUUGUCCAAGGACAGGAUCAUCAAGUUGAAGCUGUGUUUGCAUUCCCCGCCAACACUACUUUGAGUUCAUUCAAAACAAGGUAUAAUGGCUCAAUUGACCCUUGGGACUACUAUAGCACGGCAUACCGUUGGGGAAGUGAAGUGUCUUUCAGUGGCUCAUCACACUUCUACUACCUUACAAUGAUGAUGGAGAAGAAGGGACCAUCAUUCAUUAUCUCCUCCGCUGACCUCCAAGGUCGAGUACAAUUAUUCGGUACAAACUGUCAAUCUUCGACAACUCAAGGUUAUUGUCUAACUUCAUCUUGGACAUGGACCCCAGAGUUCUCAAUCGAGUUUACAGUGACACGAGUACAAGGACCAUCAGACCCCAAUCCCUACUUCUAUUUAUCAGUUACCAAUCUUUAUAAUAUGGUCUCAAUCAAUAUUGGAUCAUUCACAGUCUUGGACUCAGAGAUGAACACUUACAGGAUACUGCCAGCCAGGACUUGGACAAUAUAUCCAAGAUGUCUUGAUGAGUACCCUAUGUCCAAGUCAUACUUCUUUGCACCAUCAGCCACGGAUAUGAAUGGGAAUGUACUACAAUCAAUGACACAGAGUGUGACACUCAAGUGGCCAGGUCCAUUUCCAAACUGGAAUGGACAAAUACCAUUCAGAAUGUCUGUGUCCUCCGACAGAUCUCACGCCGUCCACAGUGUAGGUCGUGUCUACACCAUUCUCGGACCAUUAUACAACAGGUACAACAUGUGUCUAUCUGUUGGCAACACAACACCAACACAACUCAAGUUUGCCAAUGUUACAAACACAUGCGCAUCCACUUCCACAAAAGCUGUGAUGUACUCCUAUCCAAAUGGGCUGGGCGCAGACUUUGUCGCCAUCAAAGAUCUGAACACUGGAUAUUGUUUGACAACAAACAAUGUGACAUCAUACUUUAGUCCAUGCACGGCGGUAGUGGCACCCAGCUUCAAAUGGCGACUUGAUGAAAGGCAGCUCAUAUCUGGAAUCAAUGGCCAAUGUGUACCCUAUAACAACACUGCUGUUGUUGAUCUACAAACUUGUGCAUGGGAUGUCUCCAAUCAGAAAUGGUCACUCACUCCACCCACGACCACUCCAUCAAUCUGUGUCCAUCUUCUACCCACGUCUCCACCAUCCUGCACUCCCUGUAUCUCGCCAGGCUUCAUGUGA